CUCCCAACUGUACACCAGAGGCUCGAGGCCACAGUGACAUAGACACCAUCAAAAGAGGAGAAGGCAGGAAGGAAGCAACUUUGUGGCAUAAACAGCCUUUGAGAAGGAACUGGAGGCCUUCUGGAUCAGCAGUACCUUUGCUGGCAUCUCCACUUCCUAUCUGAAGACAAAGUCUUCUGGCAAUCAUGAAUGUUCUCCUCCACUAUCAGAGACUUAGAUUUAUCUGGCUUGCCAAGCCAGCCAGCCGGCACUUCCACAGAGACCCCCAGCUCUGGACACCUCUGACGCUUGCCGACUUUGAAGCCAUAAAUCGCUGUGAGAAGCCAGUACCCAAGAACUUUAACUUUGCUGCAGACGUACUGGACCAGUGGUCCCAAAAGGAGAAGUCUGGAGAGAAGCCAGCCAACCCCGCCUUGUGGUGGGUGAAUGGCCAAGGAGACGAAGUGAAAUGGAGCUUCCAAGAACUGGGUUCCUUGUCCCGAAAGGCUGCUAACGUGCUCACCAAGCCCUGCGGCCUGCAAAGAGGAGACCGGGUGGCUGUGAUUCUGCCCCGCAUCCCUGAAUGGUGGCUCAUCAAUGUGGCUUGCAUGAGGACAGGGCUUGUCUUCAUGCCAGGAACAAUACAAUUGACCAGAAAAGACAUCCUCUACCGGCUGCAAGCAUCCAAGGCCAAGUGCAUUGUGGCCAGUGAGGAAGUGGCCACCGCAGUGGACUCCAUCGUGUCAGAGUGUCCCAACCUGAAGACUAAACUCUUGGUGUCUCCACACCGCUCGGACGGAUGGCUCAGCUUUCAGGAGUUACUUCCAUUGGCUUCUGAAGAGCACAGCUGCGUGGAGACAGGAAGUCAAGACCCAAUGGCCAUUUACUUCACCAGUGGGACCACAGGCUCCCCCAAGAUGGCUCAGCACUCACAGAGCAGCCUUGGCAUCGGGUAUACCCUUUGUGGAAGGUAUUGGCUGGACUUGACACCCUCAGAUAUCAUGUGGAACAUGUCAGACACUGGCUGGAUCAAGGCUGCCAUUGGGAGCGUGUUUUCUACGUGGCUUCAAGGUGCCUGUGUCUUUGUGCACCGGAUGGCCCAGUUCGACACUGAUACCUUCCUAGAUACGCUUACCACUUAUCCCAUCACGACCCUGUGCAGUGCUCCUACUGUGUACCGAAUGCUUGUGCAAAAGGACCUUAAGAGAUAUCAGUUCAAGAGGCUGCGGCACUGCGUGACAGGAGGGGAGCCCCUCAACCCAGAGGUGCUGGAACAGUGGAAGGCGCAAACCGGGCUGGAGCUGUAUGAAGGCUACGGACAGACGGAAGUGGGAAUAAUUUGUGCCAAUCACAAAGGACAAGAAAUUAAACCAGGCUCCAUGGGAAGAGGAGUAGUGCCCUACGAUGUCCAGAUUAUAGAUGAAAAUGGAAAUGUCCUACCAUCUGGCAAAGAAGGGGAAAUUGCCCUCAGACUGGAGUCUACUCGGCCCUUCUGCUUCUUCUCUGAAUAUGUGGACAAUCCAGAAAAGACUGAUGCCACAAUAAGAAGAAAUUUUUAUGUCACUGGAGACAGAGGAGUAAUGGACAAUGACGGGUAUUUCUGGUUUGUCGGCAGAGCAGAUGAUGUCAUUAUAUCCUCUGGGUACCGGAUUGGGCCAUUUGAAGUGGAGAGCGCGCUGAUAGAGCACCCGGCAGUAGUUGAGUCUGCUGUUGUCAGCAGCCCAGAUCCCAUCCGAGGAGAGGUGGUGAAAGCAUUCGUGGUGUUAGCUGCACCCUUCAAGUCCUCCAACCGUGAGAAGUUGACUGCCGAACUUCAGGAUCAUGUGAAAAACUCAACAGCACCUUACAAGUACCCAAGAAAGGUGGAAUUUGUUCAAGAGCUCCCGAAGACAAUCACUGGGAAAAUCAAACGCAACGUGUUAAGAGACCAGGAGUGGGGCCGAGCUUAGCUGGAUGAGAAUGAGGCAGGACUAUGUAAUGAUGCAAUUGUUUUAGUACUUGCUUCCUGAAAAUUCAGUGACUAUAUGUUCUUAAAAAGCUUUACAAUUUGUUUUUUUCCCCCCUUUCAAAAUCAGUUUUGUUUUAUACCUAAAGAAUAAAAAACCAAAAAAGUGAAAUCUAAACAUGUUGAGGAUGCUAUUCUGAAGUUCAAGCCAACACAAGAGAAUGAAGUAUUGAAAAUGGCCGGUCAAAUGACUGCAGAGGAGCAGCAUGCCAUGAAUCUGUGCUUUGUUCUUCUUGUCCUGAUUACUCCAAAUAAAGAUGGGCUGUCCUAAGAGAAAUGUUUACAACAUCUGCAGAACCAGUCUUUAUGAGAUCAUGGGCUCAAACCAGAAGAAUAGAUGACUCAAAGGCCAGUUAACACAUUUAAUGAAAUUCAGUAUGGGACUGGGGUUUGCUUUUAAGUAAAUCUUGUGAAAUAUUUGAAACUUGUUCUUUUUAGAAUUAAUUAUUCAUGAAUACUUUUUAGGACUAUGAACCUGGAUUUUUUGGUAAUCAUACAGAUAAGCAUUUUUAUGAUAAACAUACUAUACACAUAGGAAGCCAUUUAAUAUGGGGCAGAAAGAAAAGUACAGGAUAUCAAACUUUACUGAACAAAUUCAUUUUUAUUUUUUAAAAUAUCAGAACUUUGAAAACAACCUGAACAAUCAGUUGUACCAAGAA